UGGAACACGAUAAAUGUAAAUAAAUAUUUUUAUGAAAGAGUGCAAUAUAAAGAAGUUGGAAAAUGACAAACUUACACGCAAAGGAUUGCAAAAGACUGGAGUUUGAUGAAGCUAUUGAUGUGACAGGUUUCGGCAAAUACAACAUCAGCGUCCUGACGGCGUGCUGCCUGCUCAUCCUGGCGAUGUACCUGGACAUCUUCGGCUUCUCCGUGGCGCUGCCGGCGGUGGCCUGCGACAUGAAGCUCAGCACGGCGCAGCAGGGGCUGCUGUCGGCUGUGCCACUUAUUGGUGUAAUGAUAUCGUCGUACGCCUGGGGGCUGUGUGCAGACACAGUGGGCCGGCGCAGGAGCCUGCUCAUCGCCAUGCCGGUCGGCGCCAUCUUGAAUUUGGCAGCAAGUAUGGCGCCAACUUACUUGACGCUCGCCAUUUUGAAGUUCAUGUCAGCCUGCUUUACAUCAUCAGCGAACGCCGCGGCGUUUGUGCUGGUCGGAGAGAGCGCUCCGCGGCGCGUGCGCAGCCAGUUCAUGUUCCUGAUGGCCAGCGCUACCAUGGUCGUGCAGCUCGUCAUAUGCGCAUUCGCCCUCCCAAUAUUCCAAUUGAACUUCGCAGUCCCAAUCUCCUGUCUCUCCCUGAUCUACCGUCCUUGGCGCCUUCUUCUCCAAGUCAUCAGUUUGCCGGGCGUCAUUGGUUCUAUAGGUGUACUAGCUGUGUAUGAGAGUCCCAAGUUCCUGCUCAGCCAAGGCAGAGAAGUUGAAGCGAUGGACGUCUUGAGAGCUAUGUAUAGGUGGAAUGGAGUCAGCAAUAAAGCAGAAUUUCCCAUAGAAACCGUUUACCUUGAAGAGAUCGCAACGGCAGAUGAUACCAAAACCGUCAAAAUUGGUUUCCUAAGAAGGAUGUGGAACCAAACCGCCCCGCUUUUUAAACCCCCUUUGCUCUGCAACUCCUUGAAGCUCUACUACAUACUUUUAUGCGCAUACAUGACAUCAACAGGCUACACAAUGUGGGUGCCGACCAUGAUCAAUGCCUACUUUGACCGUGAAGACAUGUCAGGCCAGAGCUUCUGCCAGGUUGCUAGUAGAGCUGCCAGUUCCCAUGAAAUUGUAUGUACUGAAUGUAAUAAAGCCAUCCAGCCACUAACACUCUACGCUGUCAUGGUCUACUCGGGAGUCAGCACGUUAUUCUCUAUUCUCCUCUCCUUUGUUGUCGGCUUACUCGGCAAGAAGCGGAGCACCUUGUCAGUCUUCAUCAUAGCAGCUCUAAGCGGGAUCCUGCUGCUUUUUGUGACGAUCCCACUGCUGAGCAUUGGGCUCUUCUUCGUGUUUUUAUACGUGGCUUUGAUCUUGGGGAAUAUUAACACGUAUUUGGUGGAGCUGAAUCCAACUCAUCUUAGAGGUAUGGCGACCUGCCUGUCGGUGGUGGUGGCUCGGGGCUUCGGGUUCUUCAGCGUGCAGUUGAUCGCGGGCCUCCUGGCUGAUCACUGCACGCCUAUGAUUAGCGGCUACGUGGUGCUGAUCAUUAGUGGCUUGGCUGUAUCCACAUUGCUACCUCCGGAUUAAGCAGAC